AUGGUUCUCACUGCCGCCGAGAGGGGUAGAGAUGGCGACCGGCCGCCGGAGGUCGUCGUCGUCGACAUCAAGAGCGGCAGCCUGGAUGGAGCGUCGUCGUCGUCCAUCGUGGAUCGGCAGGACUCGCUGUUCCGGGAGGCGGUGACGGGUCAUCACCACCGUGCUGCUGGCGGCGCAGGACACGCUGAUCAUGAUAGCUGGGGGACGACGCUGCGGCUGGCGUUCCAGUGCGUGGGGAUCCUGUACGGCGACGUCGGCACGUCGCCGCUAUAUGUCUACUCCACCACCUUCGGCCACGGCGGCGGCGUUGGCCACCCUGACGACGUCCUGGGGGUGCUCUCCCUCAUCAUCUACAGCUUCAUGCUCUUCACCGUCAUCAAGAUCGUCGUGGUUGCGCUCCACGCCAACGAUGACGGGGAUGGUGGAACGUUUGCACUCUACUCUUUGAUUUCGAGAUAUGCCAACGUGAGUCUGCUCCCUAACCAUCAGGCCGAAGAUGAGCUGGUCUCCAGCUACAACAGUCAUGAAAAGCCGUCGUCGGCCACACUGAGAGCUCACUGGCUGAAGCAUUUGCUUGAGACAAGCAAGUCGGCCAAGAUUUCCCUGUUCCUCCUUACCAUCCUUGCAAUUGCGAUGGUCAUCAGCGACGCUGUUCUAACUCCUCCUAUUUCGGGUACUGUAUAA